GGGCGGCCUGGGGCGCGCGCUCUGCCGCCGCUUGGCGCGCGCGGGAGCUCUGGUGGCGGCUUCGGACCAGAACGAGGCUGCAGCGCGGGAAACGCUGCGCGCGCUCCUCCCCCCCCCUCCCCCCCCCCGCGCCGGGUCACGUGGCCCUGGCGGCCGACGUGACGUCAGCGGAGGGGGUGAGGACACUGCUGAGGAGGGUGCAGGAGCACUUUGGGGCCCCCCCCAAUGCAUGUGUGGGAUGUGCUGGGAUCACUCGGGAUCAGUUCCUGCUCCGCAUGGGGGAGAGGGAAUUCCGGGAGGUGCUGGACGUCAACCUGCUGGGCUCGUUCCUGCUGUCCCAGGCUCUGGCUGAGGCUCUUGUGACCUCAGGGGCUCCUGGUGCCCUCCCUGGUGCUGGUGGGCAGCAUCGUGGGCAAGGCUUCAUUGUCACCCCCAUGACCAGCACUGUGCCCCCCAAGGUGCUGAGCAAGUUCGCAGGCAUGGUGCCAUUGGGAAGACUGGGGCAGCCUGAUGAUGUUGCUGACGUCAUCGAAUUCCUGGUGUCCGACCGGAGCAGCUACAUAACAGGAGCCAGUGUGGAGGUGACAGGCGGUCUCUUCAUGUGAGGAAUCCCCUCCCCCAUCAAUAAAUCCGUAUACGUCAGA